UGCUGGCCGGGCUACGGCGACGUCGGCUGGCGCAACGAGAGCACUGCCGGCGGCUACGUGGAGAUCACCUUCGAGUUUGACCGCAUCAGGAACUUCACCGCCAUGAAGGUCCACUGCAACAACAUGUUCGCCAAAGGGGUGAAGAUCUUCAAGGAGGUGCAGUGCUACUUCCGCGCCGACACCAGCGAGUGGGAGCCCAGCGCCGUCUCCUCGGUGCUGGUGCUGGAUGAUGUGAACCCCAGCGCUCGCUUCGUCACCGUGCCCCUGCUCCACCGCAUGGCCAGUGCCAUCAAGUGCCAGUACUACUUCGCCGACGCCUGGAUGAUGUUCAGCGAGAUCACCUUCCAGUCGGAUGCAGCCAUGUACAACAAUUCGGUGGCCCCUCCUGAGGUGCCUGUGAUCCCCACCACUUACGACCCCACGCUCAAGGUAGAUGACAGCAACACGCGCAUCCUGAUCGGAUGCCUGGUGGCGAUCAUCUUCAUCCUGGUGGCCAUCAUUGUCAUCAUACUGUGGCGGCAGUUCUGGCAGAAGAUGCUCGAGAAGGUGGGCAAGUGCAGGGUGGCUGGUGAGGUCACCCCCACCCUCUCCCUGCCCAGCGAAUCCAGCAUGUUCAACCACAACCGCUCCUCCUCCUCCAGCGAACAGGAGUCCAGCUCCACCUACGACCGCAUAUUCCCCCUGGGACCCGACUACCAGGAGCCCUCCCGCCUGAUCCGCAAACUGCCCGAGUUCACCCCGGGGGAGGAGGACACAGGCUGCAGUGGCCCCGUGAAGCCAUCCCAAGCCAGUGUCCCCGAGGGCGUCCCGCAUUAUGCCGAGGCCGACAUCGUGAACCUGCAGGGCGUGACGGGCGGCAACACCUACUCGGUGCCGGCCCUCACCAUGGACCUGCUCUCCGGCAAGGACGUGGCUGUUGCGGGGGUUCACCUCUGCGAAGUGGAGGGGAUGGAGAAGUUCACAGGCAAGGACUUUGCCCUGGAGGGCUUGGAUGCCAGCUCCAACCGCCCCGUGCUGGUGGCUGUGAAGAUGCUGCGAGCGGAUGCCAACAAGAAUGCCAGGAAUGAUUUUCUGAAGGAAAUCAAGAUCAUGUCACGGCUGAAGGACCCCAACAUCAUCCGGCUGCUGGCGGUGUGCAUCGCUGACGACCCGCUAUGCAUGAUCACCGAAUAUAUGGAGAACGGAGACCUCAACCAGUUCCUUCCCGGCACCUCAGUCCUCCCUUGUGUCCCCCCUGGCAGCUACAGUGACCUGCGGUUCAUGGCCACCCAGAUCGCCUCCGGUAUGAAGUACCUCUCCUCUCUCAACUUCGUGCACCGAGACCUGGCGACGCGCAACUGCCUGGUGGGGAAGCAGUACACCAUCAAGAUAGCUGACUUCGGCAUGAGCAGGAAUCUCUACAGCGGGGACUACUACCGCAUCCAGGGGCGGGCGGUGCUCCCCAUCCGCUGGAUGUCCUGGGAGAGCAUCCUGCUGGGCAAGUUCACGACAGCCAGUGACGUGUGGGCGUUCGGCGUGACGCUGUGGGAGACCUUCACGCUCUGCCGGGAGCAGCCCUACUCCCAGCUGUCUGACGAGCAGGUCAUCGAAAACACCGGCGAGUUUUUCCGGGAUCAGGGCCGGCAGACGUACCUUCCCCAGCCUGCACUUUGCCCGGACUCAGUCUAUAAGCUAAUGCUCAGCUGCUGGAGACGGGACACUAAAGAUCGUCCCUCCUUCCAAGACAUCCAUCACCUUCUCCAAGAGUCAGCCAGUGAAGAAUGACCCUUUGCUCCCCCCCAGCCCGGUCCCCAUCCCUCCCCAUCCCCAGAGGAGCCCCAAUAUGCAAACCGAAGCCACUUCACUUGGACUUAGCAAUAAAACCCAGGCAACUGGUCUUGUUCUCAUUGUACAGUGAAGCCUCAGAGGAAAACCCCAAAGGCAGCAAGGAGAGCUACGGCGUGGGACAACUUGGACCUCCCGCUCGCUUGCUGACCCAAGCCUAGGAGUGAUGCUGGCUGAGAUGAGGGUUAUUUAUUGAUGCAG